CGAACCGCGAUGAUGGUCGGGCGUCGUCGUCACGUGGUCACGGUUUUCACUGUGGCGCUUGUCGUCGUGGUGUUUUUCGGCGUAAGUGCUUCGAGCCAAAACGCCAAGGACUGCGCGGCCGAUAAAACUUGCACGGAAGAUCCGAAAAGAACGAUGACGACGACGAUAGAGCCGAAAAAGGCUUCGACGACAACGACGACUACGAUGGAUCCGAAAAAGUCUUCGACGACGACGUCUACGAUGGAUCCAAAAAAGGCUACGACGACGAUUACGAUAGAACCGAAAAAGGUUACGACGACGGCGAAUCCGAAAAAGGCCGGUACAACUAUAACGGCCAAAAGUACGUUAAAAACGCCUGCAGCCGUCUUCUCGACUGGUAGCGACGGUGAUGGGGUCCUCCACCAUUACAACACAUCCGGAAGAGAUUCCGAUUACAAGUCUGCAGAUCUAAAGGAAAUAGUCGUGUUAGACGUUCCCGCGACGGCCGAUGCCGAUAAAACAGUCGACGGUUUGGGAAACGCGACCGUUUCCGCACCCGGUGCAGUCGGUGUCAAACCCGACGUGAACACGUCUACGGAAAUGACUUCGUCGACCACCGUCACUAGUGCCUCCAAGACCACGGUCGCCACUCUCACUAACAACAGCAUCGCCGCUAACAGCACAACCACGGAAUCGACUACAGUCUCACAGCUGAACAUUGGUGUCGUACGUUUCGUCGAUCACGUUUAUUGCGCCUGCGAUUUAAUCUACUACAGCUGUGACAUCAAUUGUUGUUGCGACGCUGAUUGCACGAAUCACGAUUUGAAGACGUUCACCAUGUGCUCCGAUCAAGUCAAGUCUGACGCGAUAAAACACGAAUCGAUUCUAUUCGAUUCCUCGUUGUUUUACGUGGUGAUCGACAACGUGCCGUCGGAUUAUUUUUAUCCCGAAAGAGACGCAAUUCAAUCGGAAUCGCGAAUCGGAGCAUCGCUGCGUGAUCGAGACGUGUUCACUUGGUACGACGAAAACAGCGGUAGAUCCAUCGCGCUUUCCUCUCGAAUGGAUUCCGUAUACAACAGCUAUGACCUUACGUACAAGUCUUUGCGCUGGAUGUAUACCGUCGUAUCUGGAAUCAACUCUUCGGAAACCAAAACGUUCAGCUUAAAGAACAGUGCGUUAAAUUCACUUUGCUCCGUCGAACAACCGGUUGAGUAUUUAGUGACAACAAACACCAGUUGUCAACUGUUUGUUCCGAUUUUGAAAGAUGUUUGCAACAAUCGUUCAUGGUUGAGUUACGAACGUCAUUUUAGUGAAAAAGGGCUUUUCAAGGCGGUGCAGCCGAUCUAUAGCGGCGAUAAAAAAACCGAGAGAUUUGGGUUGGUGGCCAUCCGAGCCACGGCGCACCACCAUUGUGCCUCGGCUACCGGAUCGCCAUACGACUGCCACGUUCAUAAAGCCGAAGGCGACGGCGACGACAACUUUCGACCGCGUCACCAUCCCGUGUACGUGGACGGGGUGUGUCACCGGGCCGUGGACGCGAUCGAAUACCGGGUCACGCACAACGGGACGGGUGGCGUGCGCAAACUGGACGUGUACUUCUAUCACCGGGACGUGACGGACUCCGGGCGACCCAUGCAUCUCGGCCAGACGUUCCACGUACGUUUCAGCUGGGCCACGGCUGGGGCGCGGGAACCGUACGCGCGUAGCGGCAAACCCGGUUACGCGACCGGAAGUCCGGUGCUGGUGACCGAGGGGUUGACCAGCCCACGCCCCAGGCCCAUGGACCUGCCCGAGCCGGACGCGUACGGUGCGUGCGAUCGCGCGGACUUCGCGCCCGGACGACACCGGCCGCGGUUGUCAUCUGUUAGGUUUGAGCUUGAUUUAUUUUUGGCGAAUUUCAUUUUCGAAAAAAACGAUUCACGUGUGUAA